AUGAAACGCUGGCUUGUUCUUUUUCUGCUCGCAAUAAUACCGAUCUGCUUUGUGACUUUUUCUCCUGGAAGGCCAGCCAAUCAAGCUCUGUCGGACAAGACUGCAUGGCCGCCUGAACUUAGAUUAAAUCUUUCCUUGGUAGAUGUGGUAAAAUUCGCUGUUGGCUGCUUGAACAAACCCCGUCCACGGGGUCACCUCCAUGCAAUGGAUAUUCUCGUCUUAUUCAUGAAAGAUGUGAGAGAAAUAUCGGCUGUCAUCUACCAUCGUGAAAAGAUCUCAUCAGCGAGGUCAUUCACCGGCAAUGGCUGUCUCCCCCACAGCCGAGAAGCCAACUAUCCAGAGGUCUUGUCGCACUGUAUUGAGAGGUAUUCGCCAAAAGAAAUCUACGGCCGGAUGAACUUUCCUGUUCUAGGGAGGUGGGUAAUUCGGGAGGAAACACAUCCAGCGAGCAGUAUACGAAAGAUCUGA